CAAUACAUACUAUAUUACACGCAAUACGGAUGUAUGUAUAUCUUAUAUCCACACCUUCUCUCUCUCUUUCUUUGUACUAGUCUCUCAAAACCCGCACUCCAGAAUUCUCGUUUUAUCAACUAGAUUUUGUUCUUUGUUUCUUUUCUGGGGGUAGUCUGCCUCUAUUUCAUACUAUUCUUCUCUUCUUGUUUCGUGUACAAGCCGGUUUCUUAGAGGACGUAGAGGUAUUCUAACUGGGUUGUUUUCAGAUCUUGGAUUAGAGCCACAAAUUUCGUUAAAGGACAAAACAAAGAAGGAUCGGGUUUUGCAGCUGAAAGAAAGCUUCAGUCUCCCUUGGAUUCCGGUUUGUUUCCUUUGUCGAAAAAAGUUGGGUGCUUUAUUGAAAUCUGUCCGUAACUGUUGAUGGGCCUUGCUUAUUAUUAAGAUUGAUAUCUGGGUUCGGAACUACCUCACAAGAAGAGAAUUUUUUAGCUUCUGGGACUGGAAAAUCUCCCUAAUUUCAGUUUAAAGUUGCAGGCUUUAGGUUUGUGGAUUUUGCCUCUUCAUUCUUACAGUUUGCUUGAAAAGAGCAAAGAGGGAAAUGAUUUGUAGAUUUUUGACUUUCCGGUGCUGAGAAUUAUGUGUUGAGCCCUAGUUAGGUUUCGGAUUUGGGGCUGUGUCUCCUAGUUGCUGCUUUUUGUCUCUGAAGGGACUUCUUUUUGGGGAUUUGUUGGUCUCUGGCUUUUAGAAUUUUGUGUUUACUUCAGCUCAAGCAGGUCAAUUAUCUAAGUCUAUCAUGGAUUCCCCACAAUCAGUUGUCUCACCAUUCAAGAACUGUGUGGUUUCCGAGCCUGAAAAGCUGAAAUCUGAUUUCUUGGUUCGAAGCUCCAGUGCCAUGUCAAAAGGAAUUGCAGUUGGAAGGAAGGAACCUGUGGCGGGUAACCCAGAGAACUCCAUUGGUGUUCUUCAGGUUUACAUACAUCAAGCGAGGGACAUACAUAACAUUUGCAUAUACCACAAGCAAGAUGUUUAUGCCAAGAUUUGCCUUACAAGUGAUCCUGAAAAUGCAGUCUCCACCAAGAUCAUAAAUGGCGGGGGAAGGAAUCCCGUAUUCAAUGAAAAUCUCCAGCUUAAUGUUCGUACGGUGGAGUCCUCCCUCAAAUGUGAGAUAUUUAUGAUGAGUCGGGUGAAGAAUUAUCUCGAAGACCAGUUGCUGGGGUUUGCUUUGGUGCCUUUGUCUGAAGUUGUUCUGAAGAAUGGGAAUUUAGAGAAAGAGUUCUCUCUUUCUUCUACCGAUUUGUUCCAUUCUCCAGCUGGUUUUGUUCUGCUGUCUCUCUCCUAUAUUGGAGCUUCCCCUGAUGUAAUGACCAUUCCUUCAAUGCCCAAAACGACAGAUGAAACUGUGGAGGCUCCGGCCGAGUUACUUUCCAGCGAAUUGGAUAAAAUUGAGUUUCCAGACCCCAAGAUUGUGAAUGAAAACCAGAUGAUGGUUUCUGAGUAUUUUGGGAUGUCAUGUGCCACUAUGGACUCUGAAAGUUAUGAGAGCUUGGUCACAUCUGAUACUGAAAAUCAGAUUAGCUCAGAAAUGGGUCUUCUUGUAAUGGAAAACUUCUCUACUGCAACUGUUAAUUCUAUCCAAGCUCCAAAGCUUGAUUCCCCUCCAAGCAGUGUGUCAACCAAUGGAGUUUCUUCUCCUUCCAUAGCUGUGAGCUCAGAAUCCUCCGAUGCUCCAGUUUCAAAAACUCCAAGUCAAGAGCAUGUUUCAGCUCUCAAAGAUAAGUCCAUCGAGUCUGGGGAAGGUGAGAGUGAUUCCUCAGGUGGCAUGCCGCCUAGAGAAACAUUCACAAAACCUCUUCUCACUGUAAACAUUGAGCCAGAGCAAAAGGUAGUGCAGCAAGAGAUCGUAGACAUGUAUAUGAAAAGUAUGCAACAGUUUACUGAGUCUUUGGCUAAGAUGAAGCUUCCCUUGGACAUCGAUAGCCCUACCAAAUCGGAGAAUUCUAGUUCUGAUCAGAAAUUGCAGGCAUCAAAGAAUACUGGUUCCCGUGUGUUUUAUGGGAGUAGGGCUUUUUUCUGAUCUUCGAUUUAUCCACUGGCUUAAAGGAAGAUACCCAGGUGACGUUAGAUCUUAGAGUGAAGACUAAUACCAGUAGUAAAGUGUAAUAAUGUAUUAUCUAUCUAAUGUGGUGUUUUCCUUUUGUAUGUUGAGAUAUGCUUCAGUUGACGAGAAACCAUGACUUGUACCUGCCACUAGCUUUGUUCUCUCGAUUAAACUUUGCUGUUAGUAUAUAUAUAUAUAUGAACUUUUCCUUUUCUAA